AGAAGGUAUAACUUUUGUGUUGAUUUUCAAGUUAAACAAACUACAAAAGUACAACUACAACUUCAAAAUCCGACUUAGUCUAGUCUCAACAAGUGUAUUUUCUAUAGAAAUGUUUAUACGUUGCAAUUCAAUUAUUUGUAAGAUGAGAAAUUUCCUUGAAUGCUUUGGAUAACAAUAGUCUAAAAAAAUAUUUUAGAUUUUUGUAAGAAGUAAGUAGAGUAGAUGGUUACGUCUUGUCAUGCAGUACUCGUUAUGCUUGAACUUGUAAGCUCUUUGGAGGGGUUACUGAAAAACUCCGAGAAACGGUGAGCGCAUGCGAGCAGAGCAUUAGAUCGCCAGUAAAACGGCAGUCUUUGGUUGGCGCUCUUUGUGAAAGGUCGAAAGUAAGACCCGACAAUCGGGGAUGAUAUUAGGGGUGAUUUUACAGUGAUAGUGAUUACUGUUUUUAAGUUAUCGCUUCACUGUAAAUUUAGGCCAAAAGGGUUAGUCAAGUGUUUCAUACUUUGCUAUAAUGUCACGAAAAUAUAUAAAACUGGACAUUAAUUUAAAAAAAAUUAAACGAAAUGUUCGUGUGGCUCACGGUCAUCGAUUCCACGUGGAUCUGUUCCUUGUGUUCAGCAACCUUUUUUUUAUAUUUACUCCCAGUGGUAACGCGUCAUAUGAAAUGCAAGGUCCUAAUUUCAUAGUAGAGCCGCAAUCAAGAGUAGAAUUUACGAAUGUAAGUGGUGGUCGUGUUGAUUGCACUGUUAGAGGUAACCCUGAACCAACCGUUGAAUGGCUGGCAGCGGAUGGUGGCAAUGUUGCAAGUAUACCAGGAAUAAGGGUAGUUUUUAGUAAUGGAACUAUACACUUUCCUGCAUUUGAAGCUGAAGCAUUUCGCCAAGAUGUUCAUUGGGCCAUUUAUAAGUGUUCUGCCAUCAACAGUGUGGGUGCAGUUGUCAGCAGAGACGUUACUGUCAGAGCAGUGGUAAACCAACGUUACGACCCAGAAGUUCAGAGUUUAGGUGGUUUCCUGGGCAACAAUGUACUUAUGCGGUGCAACGUGCCGAGCUUCGUCCGGGAUCAUGUUACUGUAACAUCUUGGUUGCAGGAGCCGUCUUUUAAUAUUUAUCCAUCAACUAUGAGUGAUGGAAAAUAUCACAUGCUACCAAAUGGUGAUUUAAUGAUUAUCAACAUAACUCGAAAUGAUGCUCAAAUGACAUAUAGAUGUAGAACGCAUCACCGACUGAUGCAAGAAACUUUGGUGAGUUCCAACGUGGGACGCAUACAGUUAGCAGAGAUUAGAGGUUUCACACCACCGAUACUUAAUGAGAAACUUCAAACAUUAUCCGCUCGUUUGGAGGAUACAGUAGUCAUACCAUGUGUAGCUUACGCAAAUCCACCACCAUCUAACAGGUGGUACUUCCGCAAAGAUCAACGUGAGGAGCCUAUAGAAGAGCUCACCAACCAUUGGAUAGUUCAUGAUGGUUGCUUGAUAAUACAAGGUGUUCAAGAAAGUGAUGCAGGCUCGUAUAUUUGCACUGCAAGUAACGUGGAAGGUAGUGCAAAUUUAGAAAUUCGAUUAAGUGUCUCAGCACCACUAAGUGUUCAUGUUCAACCUGCUGUACAGACGGUUGAUCUUGGAAAACCUGCAUCACUGACUUGCAGUGCAAAUGGUUUUCCACAAGCAGCACUUUACUGGCUAAAAGAUGGUCAACCAUUGCGCACUGGUGAUCACAUAAGCCUAAUCUCAAGGGAUCGUAUCUCUAUUAGCGCUGUAGCUCGGGAAGAUCGUGGCAUGUAUCAAUGUUUUGUACGAAACGAACAUGAGAUGGCACAGGGAAUCGCUGAAUUACGUCUGGGAGAAAUCUCACCACAAUUAGUUUAUCGUUUCAUCGAGCAAACAAUGCAACCAGGGCCAUCAGUUUCUUUAAAAUGUAGUGCUGCUGGUAAUCCUACUCCUCAAAUUUCAUGGCUACUCGAUGGAUUCCCACUGCCGCAAAAUGAUCGUCUACUUAUUGGACAGUAUGUUACUGUAUAUGGAGACGUAAUCUCUCACGUCAACAUAUCUUCGGUUAAAUCCGAGGACAGUGGAGAAUAUCAUUGCACAGCUGCAAGUCGAGCAGGCGAAGCAUCUCAUUCAGCGAGGCUUAAUGUUUAUGGAUUACCGUAUGUACGUCCAAUGCAAACUGUAUCGGCAAUCGCUGAAAAACAACUUCAAAUAAAAUGCCCUGUAGCAGGAUAUCCCAUUGAGUCAAUCAUAUGGGAAAAAAAUGGUACUAGAUUGCCAACGAAUAUACGACAAAGAGUAGCAAACGGAACCUUAACUAUUGAUACUGUUCAACGUAGUGCAGAUCAAGGUACUUACACAUGCAUUGCUCGCAACAAACACAACUACACCUCACAACGAUCUGUCGAUGUCCGGGUUUUAGUGCCACCUAAAAUCACGCCUUUCAGUUUUGCUCGCGAUUUAAACGUAGGCGAUCGUACUAGCAUACAGUGCGUUGUUGUGACUGGUGACCUGCCUCUAACAUUUACAUGGCUCAAAGAUAACAAGCCCAUUGAGACACAAGAUGAAGAUUCGAAUGCCAGCACUUCUGGAAAUGCCAAGAAAUCAAAUAUUGGUGGACAAAAAUUAGCAUCUUCACGAGUUCACGGCUAUGGCCAAUCCCCUGAAGAAACAAUCACCAUACGUCAGUAUGACGCUUUUAACAGUGCUCUGAGUGUUAGCACAAUUACACCCGCACAUAAUGGCACGUAUACCUGUCGCGUGACCAAUGGUGCUGCAACCGUCGCUCAUUCUACACUCCUUCUUGUCAACGUUCCACCACGUUGGAUAGUGGAACCUAUCGACCAGGAUGCUAUUGUAGGUCAUCCUGUCUCAGUGGCUUGCCAAGCUGAAGGAUUUCCGAUUCCUAACGUAACAUGGAAACAAUCUAUUGGUGAAACUCCUGGUGACUAUCGAGAACUCGGAUACGGAGGAACUGAAGGUAUAGAAAUUUCAAGAAAUGGCUCAUUGGUGAUUCCUCGUGUAUCUAAAGAACAUGGUGGAUUUUACUUGUGCCAAGGAAGCAACGGAAUUGGUCCUGGUCUUAGCAAACUCAUUCGUCUAACAGUUCAUGCUGGACCACACGUAGAAGUGAAAAAUCCCCAAGAAUCAGUAAGAAGAGGGGAAACUGCAGUAUUACGAUGCGAAGCUGAUGGUGAUGCUCCUUUGGAUAUUAGCUGGAGAAAUCGUGCUGGCAGGAUAGAACCAAUUUAUGAUUUGAGGUAUACAUUAGAAAAUAAUUCAACACCACGAGGCAUGACGUCGGUAUUACGAAUAAGCAAAGCUGGUCAUGAAGACCGCGGGGAGUAUGUGUGUGUGGCAAGCAAUGCUUAUGGCGUUGAUAAAGCAGCCAUUCAUCUAUUGGUACAAGAACCACCAAAUUUUCCACGAAAUUUACACGUCGCUGAGCAGAAAAGUCGUUCCAUUCUCUUGUCUUGGUCAUCACCUUCCAGCGACUCAGAUUCACUGAAUCCAGACUCACCAAUCACCAACUACAUUGUUCAGUAUAAAGAAGCAGACGAUGUGUGGCAUGACCACAACACGCAGCUGGUCGCAGGAGACAACACGGUCGCGCUGGUUUCCCAACUAAAACCUGCUACAACCUACCACUUUCGAGUCUUUGCGGAAAAUCAUCUCGGAACAUCAGCCCCCAGUGAUAUUCUUCAUGUGCAGACCGAUGGCGAGAUCCCUGGAGGACCACCAAGGCAGGUUAUGGCAGAACCAAUGGGGCCACAGCAGCUUAAGAUUACCUGGCAACCACCUGAUCGAUCGUUGUGGAAUGGCGAACUUCUGGGCUAUACUAUCACUUCCACUAUACUAAGAGAUGAUGAACAAACCGCCAAUGUUACUCGGGUUGGUAUUACUGGAAAUGGGGACGGAGCUUAUGAGUACCGAUUAACUGGUCUAAGGAAAUUUACUGAAUAUAGUAUAGUGGUAAAAGCUUUCAAUAGUAAAGGAGAUGGUCCAGGCUCUGAUCCUAUAAUAACACAAACCCUUGAGUCUGUUCCCAGUGCGCCACCACAAAACAUCGCUUGUACUGCUUUAAGUGGUCAAAAUAUUCAAGUAACUUGGAAAGCUCCACCAGCAAAUAAAAUACAUGGUAUCAUCAUAGGUUACAAACUCCUUUACGAACCCUCUAAUGAAGAACUUUUAGAAGUGCAAUCAUCUAGAGAUACAAAAACUACCCAAGCACUUAGCACUGUUUUACACGAUCUGCGACCUUUUACAAAUUACACAGUUCAAGUUUUAGCUUACACUAGAGCUGGAGAGGGUGUCAGUAGUGCUCCCAUUUCAUGCAUGACCGAAGAAACAGUUCCUGAUGUACCUGAACGUGUGAAGGCAAUUCCAAGUGCGGAAAAUAUUGUUAUAAUAUCUUGGCUGCCACCAAAACGACCAAAUGGCAUUUUGACAAAAUAUACUGUGUACAUUCGAGCUUUGGACCAAGGCCAAGAAGUGAAGAUCAUUAAAGAUUUUUUACCUCCACAAAGUUUGCACUAUGAAGCGACAGGGUUGAAACUUCGAGAAUCUUAUGAAGCUUGGGUCACUGCCUCAACAAAAGUAGGAGAAGGACCGAGUACUACAGUCAUCAAACUCCAGCCAAGUUCCACUGUUCCAGCUGCUAUUGUUUCAUUUGGAAUACUAGUCGUAACAUCUUGGCGAGUAGAUGUUAAAUUUCCUUGCCUGUCAGUUGGAAUCCCUCCACCAUCAGUAGAAUGGAGACUGGGUGAUGUUAAAUUACAAAAAAAUCAGAGAUUGGAUAUUGGACAAGAUCAUACUUUAAUUCUGCGAAAUAUUCAAAGAAGCCAAGAAGGAAACUAUUCGUGCCAUGUUAAAAAUUCUUUAGGAUUUGAUGAAAUAGUUUACAGUCUUCAAGUUCAAGUUCCGCCUACACCACCGACGCUUCUUGCUACUGGCACUACAACGGAUGCUGUACAACUACAGUGGAAACAAGGAGAUAAUGGGGGUGCCCCGAUUAAAGGAUUUGUAUUGGCUUAUCGAAAAGAAUUUGCAGAAUGGGAAGAAGUUAUGCUCGAUAGACGAGCUAGUACUCAUUUACUAGGGGGACUACAGUGUGGAACUAAAUACCAAUUUACUUUAGCAGCAUUCAAUCGUAUCGGUAGUGGAAGUGCCAGCAAAAUGGAAACUGCAAAAACAAAAGGAUCUCCACCAAUAGCACCCCCUAAAAAACAUCUCAUUCGUACUAAUAUGACUUCUGUUAUGUUGGAAUUAGCUACUUGGCAGGACGGUGGUUGUCCUUUACUUUAUUUUGUGAUUGAAUACAAAAGACUGCCUGGUGACUGGCUUCUUGUAUCUAACAACGUACCACCUCAAUCGAGAUUUCCAAUAGUGAACUUAGAGAGUGGGUCUAGCUAUGAGUUACGAGUAACUGCAUAUAAUAAUGCUGGAUCAACUCAAGUGGAAUACUUGUUCAGCACUAUGAGUUCGAGUGAUAUAACAAGGAUUCAUGAAAGUCCUCCGUCGGGAAUUGAGGUCACUCCUCUGUAUCUUGAUGCUCAAGUUCUUGCUCCUAGUCUUAUUUCUGUUAUUGCAGUAGUUUUGGUCGUUGGUGGAGUCUGCUUUUGUCUCAGGAAUCAUUCCAUAAGAAGUAGAGGAAACAAUGAUCGAAAUUCUCAAACACAAGUUGCAUUAGAUAAUAAACAUAACAUGGAACAACGGGAACAGUUUUAUGCAACUGUUCGUAAACCUAGUCAACAAUCGCCUUGUCGUGAGGUGAACGCGUUGGAACGUAUACCUGAAUACUCAGAAGACAUUUAUCCAUAUGCCACAUUCCAUUUACCGGAACAGGAGAAUCUAUCUGCCAAUCCUAUAAGACAAGCAUAUUUCUACGAACGAAAUGAAACAAUGCUUCAAAGUUCUCAGUGUGAUGUUGAUCAAUAUACGAAAGUUCGAAGUCGAUCAAGGCGUAAAUCAAAAUCGUUCAAGUCUGAGUCUGAAGAAUAUGAUACUUUAGGCUCUGACAGUGAUACAGAAGUUGGAACGAGCAGUCGAACUGAGUCAUCAAAUCAUUUGGAUGAUUCAGCACCAACAUCAAUUUUAGCACGUUCGCCCGGACCAAAUUCAGGACCACAACGAGGCCGGGAACAACGAUUAGCCAUAUUUCCAAGACCGGUUCAUCAUAAUGUACUAUACCACACGCACGAAUCAAGUACAUCAACCGAGCCGUCACCAAUUUCUGAGAGAAAAACGUUCCCUAGAUUAGAAAAAAACCGAAAUCACAAUUUUACGGGCGAUAAUUCUAUAAUUGGAUCUCGAGUUCAAAACAUAGUACGACCAUCACCAAAAACUUCUGAUUCAGGAAUGCGAUCAUAUUCUGCCACACCAUCGCCAAAUCAUUCACUUAUAGGCGCAUGUUCAAGUUUAUUAGUUAAUCGAAAUAAAGAAAAAUCGCGUCGCUCAGUCGAAUCAUUGUGCUUAUUUAACGAUGCUCAAUUAUCACGAAAUUAUCAACGAACCUCGAAGUUACGAUCUCGAGAACAAGUUGGGGAAGAUUGGGGUAAUGAGUUAUCUACAUUAGAGCUUAAGCCGCCUACGGGUUUCAUGGAUGCUCACGAAACUAGCGAGGCGGAAUGUGAUAUUGACAUGAAGUUAAAGCUUGAGAGAAAACGUUCCGGGCUAAUUUCAAACUCCUUGUCAAAAUCACCUAAAGACUUUACCAUCACUGUCUGAAAAAAAAUUUAUUGUUCUAAAUGUCAAGACUUAAAUAUAUUACGCUAUUUAAGAGCUAAAUUGAAAAGUAA